ACUGUGCUGCAAAUUUCAACUUCAAUCAACUCCAUCACCAAAUCAAAGAAACCAAGAAACAAAGAGAAAGAGAGACAACAGAAUGAAGAUUUUUAAUUGGGUGCAUCACAAAUUCUCUCAUAAAGAUGGAAUAUUUAGACACCCCUGUGCGAAGAAGAAUGAGGUGAUGAUCAUCAACAGCAAUGAGACUAAUGCUGAUAGGAAGGCUCUUCUUGAGAAUGCACUGUUUGGUGACAGAGAAUUGUUCAAUGAUGAGACGUGGGAAAUGGGAAUUCUCGCAAUUGGCACAAUGGGUUUCGACCAAAUGAAUGAAAAACACCAUCUCGGGGAUGGGGAAGAAUUCGAGGAUGAAGAAGAAGAUUUUGAGGAAUACUAUAGUGAUAAUAAUGGUGAUAGUGAUGAUGGGAUUACUACCACUUACGAGGAAGAAGAAGACGAGGAGAAAGAAGAAUUGAACCCAUUGAUGUUCAACGCCGCAAUAUUCAGUUGCGAUGAUAACCAGAUGGUUAGCCUUGGAGUGAGCGAUUCAGGGAACAAGAAGAGGGAGAGAAUCACACUUGCAGACUUGUUCUCCGCCGACACUAACAGCAGCAGCGGCGGCCAGCAGGAUGUUAUACUUGUGAAAUCGUCGGCCGCCGGUGAUCAUGCCACCGCGAAACCGCCGCCUCUCCCGGCGUCAUCCCUACCCACCAAAACUGGACUAUCUUUUGCCAAGAAGAUAAUUCCAAAGCUCGUUGGAGAUCGCCGACCUCGCCGUCCUAUCAAUCAACUGCACCAGUUGAUGACAAGGAUGCUUAGAAGGAAGAUCCAUCCAGAGAUGGAGGGCAAGAAGAGUCAGACCAAGCCUACCUCUCUCACCACCAAGUGACAAAUAAAUCACUCAACUUCACUUCUUCAUACUCAAAGAUUCCAAUGUCCGAUCUUGUUGCAGUUGGAAGCUACUUUAUCAUUGCUGUGUUUGUGAAUCUCAUCUUCUCUUCCUUUCAAAUUUUAUUACGGAGUCUAGUAUAUUAUAUAUGCACUGUGUAAGAAUUAGAAGCGUGAAUUUUGUGAUGCUAUGGCUUUGGCCUUAUUGAAUUGUGUGACAAGA